AGCCUCUGCCAAAUAUACUGCUGCCUACGCCAUUUAUUUGCAAGGAAAAAAAUUAACAAAACAGAGUAAAAAUGUUGGCGCUUAUCAACAGAAUCCUGGACUGGUUUAAGAGUAUCUUCUGGAAAGAGGAAAUGGAGCUGACACUGGUCGGACUGCAAUUUUCUGGCAAAACGACAUUUGUCAAUGUUAUUGCAUCCGGCCAGUUCGCUGAGGAUAUGAUACCCACAGUUGGUUUCAACAUGCGAAAAAUCACCAAAGGCAAUGUGACAAUUAAAGUUUGGGACAUUGGCGGUCAGCCUCGUUUCCGUUCCAUGUGGGAGCGUUACUGUCGCGGCGUCAAUGCAAUUGUUUAUAUGGUGGAUGCUGCUGAUUUGGACAAAUUAGAAGCGUCGAGAAACGAACUACACUCUCUGCUAGACAAACCGCAGCUGAAUGGCAUUCCAGUGCUCGUCCUUGGCAAUAAACGUGAUCUUCCAGGAGCGCUUGACGAAACCGGACUCAUUGAGAGAAUGAAUCUAUCGAGCAUACAGGACCGGGAAAUCUGCUGCUAUAGUAUUUCGUGUAAGGAGAAGGAUAACAUCGACAUAACGUUGCAGUGGUUAAUUCAGCAUUCGAAAAGCCAAAGUCGUUAGAUUAUAGCCUACUAAUUUUUACACACAAAUACACAAACACACACACAUAAGAAACACCGACACACACACAACGUUAGGCACUCUCGCAUACACACUGAACAACUAUAUUAAUUUGCAGUAUAUCUAUAUAUAUAACAUAAUUUGGAGUAGGGUGUUAAUUGAUGUAUGAGAAUGAUUUUAAGGGGAAAACUAUUGCAAUGUCUCGUUAUGAUUGUUUACAUGUGUGUUUGUAUGAAAAUUCACCGUGCCGAUCUAAGAAAAUCGCGUUGGGGGUGCUCGUUUUUAGGACCGAAUGUCUCGAAUUUGUAGUUCACAAAGCAGGCAAAUGUUAAUUGAUAAAAUGCCAACGGAUUCUGUUUAAGUCUAAAUACACACCCACACACAUACACACUCCCAUUUUGACAAAUACAAACACAUGUACACAGCGAGAAAUCGCAUAGUAUUUUGCAUUA